CGGGCGGGAAUGGGUGUGGAGUUCUUUUGUUGCGUAGGUCUGUCUGUACUUAAGAGAUCCAAGACUCCCGCACCUUGGACUUUGUACUUCUUUGUGUCUUGCUGCUGUUUGUUUAUACCUCCCGUUCAAUCUUCACCUGUCUUGUCGAUCAUCUAUCUCAUGCAAGAUAGAGUUUAAGGGCUUCACCGAAUAUCCACUUACCUAUCCAAGCACCACAACAACUUACACCACGCCGAUACAUUCAACCCCCGAAACGCCAACAGCGGCCGCGAUGGCCACCGAAUCGGCAUCAUCAGGGUCCUCGGCGUCUUCCAGGACAGCAACAGAAGCCAUGGAUGUAGAGUCACUGAAGACGAGGCCGCAGACAGGUCACUUCACUCUGGUCUUCCACCCCUCGGGCAUCAACGCCGAGACGCUCAGCCACCCUUACUGGGGAGACGGCACCGAGGAGUGUCCCUUCGUCGUCGACUUCCUGCCUAAUGACGCCUACAACCCUACUACGUAUCCGAGAUGGAAGAAGUGGGGCAUCACGGUUCUUCAAGCCAUCGCGACACUGGCAGUUGCUUUUGUGAGCUCAGCGUAUUCCGGUGGCUCGUCAGAUAUCAUCAAGGACUUUCACGUCUCAGUAACAGUUGCCAUCCUCGGCAUAAGCUUGUUCGUGGUCGGUUUUGCCGUGGGUCCGUUGAUAUGGGCACCCUUGUCUGAGUCCUUUGGCAGACAGAUACUCUUCUUCUGCACGUAUGCGGCGCUGACGGCCUUCAACGCCGGCGCCAUCGCCGCGCCCGACAUGACGACCCUGGUGGUUAUCCGCUUCUUCGCUGGCGCCUUUGGUUCGUCCCCUCUGACCAACUCGGGCGGUGUCAUCGCCGACAUGUUCUCGGCCGAGGAGCGCGGCAUGGCCACGGCAAUCUUCGCCGCCGCCCCCUUCCUCGGACCCAGCCUGGGCCCCAUCGCGGGCGGCUUCCUCGGCGAGGCUGCCGGCUGGCGCUGGAUCAUGGCUCUCAUGGCCAUCUUCACGGGAGUCAUGUGGAUCAUGGUCUCGCUGCUGGUGCCCGAGACCUACGCACCCGUGCUGCUCCGCAAGCGCGCGGCUAAGCUGACCAAGCUGACGGGCAAGCUGCACAUCUCCAAGAUGGACAGCAUCCAGGGCCGCCAGACCAUCGGCGCACGGUUCCGAACCUCCCUGUCCAGGCCAUGGAUCCUUCUGUUCCGCGAGCCCAUCGUGCUGCUCAUCUCCAUCUACAUGGCUAUCGUGUACGGCACCAUGUACAUGAUGUUCCCGGCUUUCCCCAUCGUCUUCCAGCAGGGUAAGGGAUGGAGCCCCGGAGUCGGCGGCCUGGCUUUCUUGGGCAUCGCCGUGGGCAUGAUGUUCUCGAUCUCGUAUGCAAUCUAUGACAACAAGCGCUACCUGGCCGUAGUCAAGGCGCACGACGGCAUGGCCCCGCCAGAGGCUAGACUUCCCCCCGCCAUCAUCGGGUCCGUCUUGCUCCCCGUUGGAUUGUUCUGGUUCGCGUGGACCAACGGAAACGAUGUUCACUGGAUUGUGCCCAUCAUUGGAUCCGGUUUCUUUGCUGCUGGGCUUGUCUUGGUGUUUUUGUCUCUAAUGAGUUACCUCAUCGACUCGUACGUCAUCUUUGCCGCGUCGGUCCUGGCCGCCAACUCGGUGCUGCGUUCGCUCUUUGGCGCCGCCUUUCCUCUCUUCACGACCUACAUGUACCAGGACCUGGGCAUCCACUGGGCCUCAUCAGUCCCGGCCUUCCUGGCGCUGGUGUGCCUGCCGUUCCCGUUCCUCUUCUACAAGUACGGCGAGAAGAUCCGCCUCCGGUGCAAGUACGCCGCCGAGGCGGCCGACGUGCUCAAGCGCAUGCGCGAGGACAACGUCGAGGUGGACGAGGACGAGGCCAUCGCCGAGGCCGACGAGCUCGAGAGGCAAAAGACGCUCGAGCGCCAAAAGACCCAAGAGAGGCGUCGGUCCUCGCUGCUGGGCUCGCUGAGGAGGGUCGGCACCGGCCGCGCCUCUGGCCUGCCCGUCGUUGACGACGGUUCAGAGAGCGCCCCCGAGGGGUCGGAGGAGUUGACCGAGAAGGAAGUGAACGCCAAGGCCUGCUCCAAGGCAUCAGUGGCAUGCGACUAUAGCAUUCGCCUCAACUGGGAAGGCAGGCGAACGAAGCAGGCCGAUACACACACGCCUGAAUCCCAAGACGAGUCGGUGGGCGGUCAACAUGGGCCUAGCACACCGUCAGUAUACGCGGAAAGCCCUACUUCAUCACCAGGCCUCAGCAGUGUCGGUACUCCUGGGUGGUUCUCGACAUGGCAAGUGAAUGGGAUAGACGACCAACCGAACAGGCCGCGUAAGAGAGCUCGCAUAGAUGUAGAUGCUUCAACAAUGGGCGCCCUCUCCUCGCCGUCCAGGUCCUCACCUGCCCACAGCCCCGUACCUCCACUUCGGCCGACAUCCACAGGUCACCAUCCCCGUCGACUUUCCGUCAACUCUCUCCUCCUAGGACCCCCUGGGCCCCUGGAGAACAUUGGCCCGAUAAUACCCAGCUUCCCCGCAGGAGAGACUAUCCUGUCUCCCAUCCAGGCCGGCUCGGACGACUCUUGUACCUGCUAUGGUAUCGACCGAGGGCUUGUGGAUCUGGACGUCGUCAAGAACGACGACUUCAAUGCCAUCUCUAGAACUCAUCCCCAAGAUGUAGACGAGAUCGUCCUUUUGCUGGAGCAACUCGGAAAAUCCACUGAUGGCCGCAGCUCUCAGCGAUCAAAGCAUCAACCGCAUGCGCGUGUUGAGAAUGGUCGUCCGUUGGAGGGCCACUACUAUGCCAAACCGGUCGUAGUGCGGAUCCCACGGAAGCUCGAGCCGUUGCCGUCAAAACUAUUGGGUAAUCCUAUGAAUAUGAUGUAUUUUCACCACUUUCUCAACCAUACCGCAGAAGUUUUGGUUCCAUUUGAUGGACCACAGUCGAACCCAUUCCGUACAAUCUUGCCCAGAUUAGCUGUGAAGAACGACCACCUUCUCAGCUUAAUGCUUGCGUAUUCUGCAUCCCACCGCGCAAAACUACUCUGUCAACCCGAACCGGCAACCCGCAUCGCCCUCUGGGUCCAGGACAUCUUUCCGGCCCUACGCUCCGCCCUCAAUGACCCGAACCAGAGCAUCUCGAACACCAACGUUGCGACGGCCAUCAUGCUCGCGUCGGUCGAGAUCAUAUCCCCGACGGCCUUCGGGUACGCCAUACCCUGGCAGCGUCACCUGGCCCUGGCCCGGGACCUCAUCACGGCCCGACCGGGAGGGCUCCGCUGGUCCCGCUCCGUUGGCAGCAGCACUGCCGCCGCCGAACACGACGAGAUACAAAUGUGCAACUUCCUCUGGAGCUGGUUCGCCUACCUCGACGUUCUGGGGAGCCUGUCGGGCGGCGGCGAGCGCGACGUCUCGUCAGCCUGGAUCCUCGACUACAAGGUCUAUGCCCCCGAGGACGACGAUGAGAUCGACUGCAUCAUGGGCUUCUCCACCGGCUGUGUGUACAUACUCGCCAAGAUUGCCGAGCUGGCCCGCCAGGAAAAGAAAAAACAGAAGCAGCAGCGCGCGGCGGCUGCGGCAAGAGGUAUAGAAGGAGGUCCAUGGCAAAUCGUCCCCGACGAAGCGACGCUGGCCGCCGCCCGUGAGCUCGAGAGAGACCUGGCGCGAUCCAUUGCGCUCCAGCCGCGGCCGUGCCCGCACAUAAUGGGCACCCCGGACGUGGUCCACUGGAACCCGGGCGAGAUCUCGGCCGUCAACCGCGCGUACCACCACGCCGGCUCCGUGCACCUGCAGCGCCGGGUACUGGGCAAGCCCACCACGCAUCCCGAUGUGCGCAGGCCCGUGGGCGAGAUCUUUCGCUGCCUGGACUACAUCUCCAAGGGCGGCACCGCAGAGACGAGCAUGCUUUUCCCUCUGUUCACAAUCGGCUGUGAGACCGACGACGAGGACCAGAGGCGCGUCAUACUGGAUCGGAUGAUCUGUAUUGAGAGGACGGGGAUGGAACAGAACCGGCGAGCGAGGGAACUCAUGCAAAGGGUAUGGAGGACGGGCCAACCUUGGGAGACUCUGUUGACAACCGAGUUUAUUGGUUGACAAGAUAUUGAUGACUUAACUCAACAAACAAACCACACAUGGAUGAUGACGACAGGCCUAGCAAAAGACGAUAGCAUGUGACGAAUAAAAUAAGACUUGCAACUUGUAUUAUACUGCUGGAAUUUGCGUCGAUGACUGGUG